AUGGCGACGUUCUACGAGAAACUCCCGCUCCCCACCCUGGAUCGGCCCUUCGGCAUCCACCUAUGGCCCAUCUUCGACAAGGCUUGGACUGCUACCGUUGGCUACCCAGCCUCCGACUUCAGAUUCAAGCCUGGUGAGACACCUAUGUCUACACUGAAGGAGACGGGAAUCUUCAUUGUUUGCUACUACACGAUCAUCUUCGGCGGUCGAGAGUGGAUGCGCAACCGAGAGCCAUUCAAGCUUAAGGCACUCUUCCUGAUCCACAACUUCCUCCUCACCGCAGUCAGCGCCAUCCUGCUAGCCCUCUACAUCGAGGAGCUGCUACCCACUGUCGUUCGCCACGGUAUCUUCCAUGCCAUUUGUCAUGCCGAGGGCGGCUGGACGCAACCCCUUGUCGUUCUCUACUACCUUACCUAUCUGACCAAGUAUCUGGAGCUUCUGGACACUGUCUUCCUCUUCCUGAAGAAGAAGCCCCUGACCUUCCUUCACUGCUAUCACCACGGUGCCACUGCUCUUCUUUGCUACACUCAGCUCAUUGGAUCAACCGCUGUCUCUUGGGUCCCGAUUACGCUCAACCUGGGUGUUCACGUCGUGAUGUACUGGUACUACUUCCAGAGCGCUCGUGGUGUUCGUAUCUGGUGGAAAGAGUGGGUCACUCGAUUCCAGAUCAUUCAAUUCGUCAUUGAUCUUGGCUUCGUCUACUUCGCCUCAUGGACAUACUUCACUUCCACCUACUGGCCCUGGAUCCCCAAUGCCGGCAAGUGCGCCGGAGAGGAGUUCGCUGCUUUUGCCGGCAUCAUCAUUCUCAGCUCUUACUUGGUGCUGUUCAUUGCCUUCUACUUCGCGACCUACAAGAAGGAUGGCAAGGCCCCCAGCGGACGCAAGAGUCUGCGACGAAUGAGCCAGGCUCCGCUUCCGGAUCCUCACAACCUCAUCCACGAGCACGAGAAGGCCACCAAUGGUACUGCAAAGUCCACCGGUGUUAAGACCAAUGGCGUCACCACCCGAUCUCGCAAGGCAUAA